CUCAGCCUCAAGUCGAAUUUUCGUAGCCUCGUAUGACGUCCCUGAAGUAAAUAAUCCUAGGUAUCUCAACCAAAGGAGGUUCAUAUCCCUCCCCCGAAGCCUAAUUGCACACCAUGGCGCACAUGACGAACCCCCUCGCGACGCCCGACCAGCUGUAUCAGCGGACGUCCUUCAGCGCGCUGCCCUCCGACCUACAAGAUAUCAUCUUCUUCGCGACGCAAGUCCUGACGCAAGCCGCCGGCGUGCUCCUCCGCAUCCCGCAGUCCGUCGCGGCGCAGGCCGGCGUCAUCCUCGCGCGGUACUGGCUCAUCGCCUCGCCCCUCUCCCACGAGUUCAGCGACGUCUCGGCCGCGGCCCUAUUCCUCGUCGCCAAACUCAGCGCGCACCCAUGCCCGCCCCGCGACGUCUGCAACGUAUACGCGUACCUGCUCUCGGCCGCCUCUCCGCUAUUCCGGGGGCAAAAUAACAGCAGCAGCAACCAGAACAACAACAGCACACCUAAUAAUGCGAAAGAUACGGACAAGGACCCGUCGUCGUAUUACCUCUCCGAAAGCGCGUACGCCGCCUUCCGGUCGCGCAUCCUCAGUCUCGAGGCGCGCAUCCUGUACUCGCUGUCCUUCGACACGCACGUGGCGCUGCCGCACCCGCUCGCGGUGACGUACCUACAAGCUCUAGACUUCCUCUCUGCGGCGCCCAAGACGCGGAUCGCGGCGCGCAGCGUCGCGUACCUGAACACGGCUUUGCUGAGCCCGCAGCUGCUGUACCUGACGCACCAGCCGAACGCGCUGGCGGUCGCGGCCGUGUACGCGGCGGCCCGCGACGUAGGGGCGAAGAUUCCCGAGUGCGCCUGGUGGGAGGUCUUCGACGUCGACCGCGAGGAGCUCGGGUUUCUAGUCGUUGGUAUGCGCAGCCUUGAGGGCUGGGUGCGUAGGCAGAGGGAGGAUUACGAGGAGUUGGGGCAGGGGAUGGUGACGCGUGCUUUUGUUGAGGGGGAGAUGAGGAAGAGGGGUUUAAGGAUCGGGAAUGGGAGUGGUGGUGGUGUGGUUGAGGGCGGUGAGAUGGAAGAUGAAGAGACGGCUAUGAUGCGGAGCUUGGACGAGAAGGCUGCGCAAUUGGAAGAAUGAUGCGCGUGUGUGCGUGCCUAUCUACCUAGGUA